GCAGACUAGCAAACGUACACACAGAUACAAACACACGCACACAUACAGAAUUUUACACGGAAAAGCAGAAACAUAAAGUAAAUCAGUGAGCAUUAGUUUAAUGAUAGCAAAAAACAGACAAACAGUUGACGAGUUGCCUUCGCUAAAGGCACACACUACACACAAAAAAAAAUAAAUAAAUAAACAAUUGUUUGGGCUGCAAAGAAUACAAAAUUAAUUAAUAAUAACUAUAAAAAUAAAAGCUUAAGUCAAAAGAAGUAAAAUAAAAUAAUUGUGAUUCAUUUCAAAAGAAUAGUUGAUAAAAAAAAAAACCAAGAUUUAAUCUUGUAAAUUAUUUAAAAAGAAAUACAUAUAUAUUUUAAUUAAGUAUAUAAGAAAAACAGAUAAAAGCUUUUAUAAGAUUACCAGCCAAAGUGGAAAAGAAAUAUAUAUUUUGAAGGUGCUUUUACCCAGAUUGUUUGUGUUUUUGUUGUUAUAAAAGUAAAUGACAGUGUAUGUGUUUUGUUUAUGUACAUAAAAGAAAGGAUAUUGAAAAGCUUUCAAGAAGGAUUUAUAGGCUACAUAUACAAGAAAAGCUUUUCAUUUAGUUAUGAAUGAUAUAAGUGUUGAGAAUUAAUAAAAUAUUUGAAAUUUGUCGUGUAUGUGUUUAAACAAAUAAAAGAAUAAUAAUAAAAAUAUUUGUUAUAUAAAAUAUAAGAAAUUAAUAAAUUUCAAUAAAAGUUAAAAUAAAUAAUAUAAUUAAUAAAUCUACCCAAGAUAAGAGAGUUUGUUGAACUAAAUUCCUGCAAUAUGGGUACGAUGCCUACACUGGAACAAAUCAAAUUGGGCUUUAAAAUGGUAGAUUUUAAAGUUCAACAGCGCCGAUAUCGCAGCAAAGAAAAAACCAUUGUAUCAACCAUUUAUGGACCCGUCAAGGGAGUAAAACGUAAGUCUAUAUACGGUGAUGUUUUCUUCUCCUUUGAGAAAAUUCCCUUUGCCAAGCCACCCAUUGGCGAGUUGAGAUACAAGGCACCACAACCACCAGAGCCAUGGACAGAAGUCAGAAGUUGUACGUCGGCUGGACCGAAACCCUUACAAAAACAUUUUGUCUUUCAAAUGACCGAUGGCUCGGAGGAUUGUUUAUAUCUAAAUGUAUAUACCAAGAAUCUGGAUCCCAUUAAACCCUUACCGGUAAUGGUGUGGAUUUAUGGUGGUGGUUUCCAGUUCGGUGAAGCUUCUCGUGACCUUUAUAGUCCAGACUAUUUGCUACGAGAAGAUGUGAUAGUUAUUUCCAUUACCUAUAGAGUGGGACCUUUUGGUUUCUUGUGUUUACAAGAUUCCAGUUUUGAUGUGCCCGGCAAUGCGGGUCUCAAGGAUCAAGUAAUGGCUUUGCGUUGGAUUAAGGCUAAUUGUGCUAGAUUUGGUGGUGAUCCUAAUAAUAUCACUUUAUUUGGCGACAGUGCUGGUGGAGCUUCUGUACACUAUAUGAUGUUAACCGAACAGUGCAGAGAUCUUUUUCAUAAGGCGAUUUGUAUGUCCGGCUGUGUUCUAUCACCCUGGGCCGUAACACCUCAGCACAAUUGGCCUUAUCGUUUGGCUGUAGCAGCCGGCUAUACGGGCGAUAAUAAUGAAAAGGAAAUAUUUGAAUUUCUCAAGAGUGCCAAAGGUUCGGAUAUAAUUAAGGCCAAUGAAGAUUUGUGCACAGAUGCGGAAAAGAGAGAACGUAUUGGUUUCUCAUUUGGUCCUGUCAUAGAACCCUAUGUAACGGAACACUGUGUGGUACCCACUAAGCCAAUUGAAAUGAUGCGUACAGCUUGGAGCAACAAUAUACCCAUGAUUAUUGGUGGUGUUUCGAAUGAGGGAUUGUUGCUGUAUACCGAAACCAAAAAUAAUCCAAAAUUAUUAAAUGAAUUGGGUGACUGCCGCUAUGUGGUGCCCUUGGAAUUGAAUAUGGAUCGUGAUAGUGAGUUGUGUAAGGAAUAUGGCAGCCAAUUAAAGACAACAUAUUAUGGUGAUAAAGAGCCAAGUCUGGAGACUUUACAUGAAUAUUUGCUGAUGGUCUCCCAUGAAUAUUUCUGGUUCCCCAUCUAUCGUACAGUAUUGUCCCGCAUGGAGUAUGCCACCCCAGCCCCCACCUAUUUAUAUCGAUUCGAUUUUGACUCAAAGCAUUUCAAUCACUUGCGCAUUUUAAGUUGUGGCAAAAAAGUACGCGGCACCUGUCACGGCGAUGACCUCUCCUACCUAUUUUACAAUUCGGUGGCCCGUAAGCUAAAGAAACAUACCAAGGAAUACAAAUGCAUUGAACGUUUGGUGGGAAUGUGGACCCAUUUCGCAGCCUGCGGUGAACCCAACUACGAUCCCGAACACAGUGAUUUGUGGCAACCGAUAACUGCGGCUGCCUUGGAGAAGAGACAAAUCAAGUGCCUUAAUAUAACGGAUGAAUUAAAGGUUAUCGAUGUACCAGAAAUGAAAAAGUUGCUGGUAUGGGAGAGCUUUUUCACGCGCAACGAAUUGCUAUGAUUAAGUUAAAUGUGGAAUUAAAGCCAAAUAGUUAAAGAUAAAUUUGGUAAUAUGAAACACAUAUAUUUUUGUACUUUCCUUUUUAAGAAAAAAGAAAGCUUUUUUUGGUACACAACAGCUUGUGUUAUAGUAUAACACAGGCUUUUAAUAAUUAUAAGAUAAAUAACGAAAUUUGAGUAUAAUGUCUUGCCAUAUUUAUUGUUUGUCUUUAAAAAUUGUUUUGUUAUUUAUAGUUUUCUUAAAAAAAAAGCUUGAGAGCUUUUUUAAAAAAUUAACUCU